CCUACUUGGGCUACCUCUGGGCCGGCCCAGCUAUCUCUCAUCUCUCACGCCUCUUCUUUCUCGUGAAACCAUAACCAUCAGCGCCUCCAAACUUUGACGAUUUGAACACCAAAGCACAAUCAAAAGAUUCCUUUCGUCCCAAAAAAAAAAUGAAUAUAGCAGUUGUUUUCUGAAAAUCUGUGAACAGACGCGAUUCCAUGAACUCCGGUUGGAGCCGAGAUUUUCCCGUCAAUUUCAGACCGUUUCCACCCAUCUUAUGAACUCCAAACAGAAAUACGGUGAAAUUCUGCAGAAUCCGGUGUACUAGCUAAUCACUGCCAAGAAAGUCAUUGCAUGCAAUUUGCAGCCAGAAGUCCAAGUCCAAGUCGUAUAAAAAGACACUUAUCAUCCUUCGGCAACACAAAUACGACGACUGCAGGGCCAUAAUGGUGGAUACCGCCAUGACAGCUGCCUCCUCUUCAUCCUACUCCAAGUCAAAACUUUGGAAGUACGAUGUGUUCUUGAGCUUCAGCGGCGAAGACACGCGCAAUGGCUUCACGAGCCACCUCCACGCGACAUUGAAAGACAGAGGAUACGAGGUCUUUAUUGAUGAGGACGAUCUAAAAAGAGGGGAAGAAAUAAAAGAGGAACUGUUUCGGGCAAUCAAAGCGUCGAGAAUCUCUGUCAUUGUCUUCUCAAAGACGUAUGCGGAUUCGAGUUGGUGUCUUGACGAGCUGGUGAACAUCAUGGAGUGCAGAGACAAACUGGGGCGACAUGUUUUGCCAAUAUUCUAUCACGUUGAUCCUUCGCACGUCAGGAAGCAGGACGGUGAUUUAGCCGAAGCAUUUCAGAAGCACGAAAAGGCCAUCCGUGAAGAAAAAGAUGACAAGAAACGUGAAGCUAAACAAGAAAGGGUAAAGCAAUGGAGAGAGGCUCUCACAAAAGCUGCAAAUUUGUCUGGCCACCCUCUUAAAAUCAUUAACUAUAGGAAGAGGCGGAGGGAGGCUCUUACAGAAGCUGCAAAUUUGUCUGACAACCAAACAACUAACAACGGGCGUGAAGCAGAGUUCAUUAGAAAAAUUGUUGACGAGAAUAUUUGUGAAUGGCUCACCAGCACAAACAAAUUACAUGUGGCCAAGCACCCUGUUGGAAUCGAUUCUCGCAUUCAAGAUAUUAUCACUUAUGUUUCAAGUGGUGGAUCAAAUGAUGUUCUCAUGGUUGGAAUUUGGGGGAUGGGUGGAUUGGGUAAAACAACAGCUGCCAAAGCCAUUUAUAACCAAAUUCAUCCUAAGUUUGAAUUCAAAAGUUUCCUUGCCGACGUUCGCGAUGCUACAAGUCAACAUGAUCUGGUUGAUUUGCAAAAAAAACUUAUUUCUGACAUCUUGAAAAAGAAGCCUGAAAUAAGCUGUGUUGAUGAAGGUAUCGGUCUAAUAAAAGAACGAUUUCGACAUAGAAAGAUACUUGUCAUUGUGGACAACAUAGAUAAAGAGGAACAACUGGAUGCAAUAGUUGGAAAUCAUGAUUGGUUUGGUCCAGGAAGUAGAAUUAUCAUAACAACACGAGAUAGACGUGUACUACUAAAUGUGGACAAAGCAUGUGAGGCUAAGAAAAUGAAUGAAGAAGAAGCUCUUGAGCUAUUCAGUUGGCAUGCCUUUAAAAAUAGUUGUCCUAAUCAAGGAUAUCUUGAACUCUCAGAAAAAGUUGUUUAUUACUGUGGAGGUUUGCCACUAGCACUUGAAUUUUUAGGAUCUCUUUUGAUUAAAAGAACGUUGGCAGAGUGGGAAAGUCAAUUGGGGAAAUUGGAAAGAUAUCCACUUAGAAACAUUGUAAAUCGACUCAGAAUAAGCUUUGAAGGGCUAGAUUCUUCACAAAAGGCUAUAUUCCUUGACAUAUCUUGUUUCUUUAUUGGAAAGGACAAGGACUAUGUCACAAAAGUAUUAGAUGGAUGUGGAUUUUUUGCACCAAUAGGAAUCGCUGUCCUCUUUGAACGAUGUCUUGUAAAUGUUGAAGGCAACAAGUUGAAUGUGCAUGAUUUGCUUCGAGAAAUGGCCAAAGUAAUCAUUUCUGAAAAAUCUCUCGGUCAACCUGGAAAAUGGAGUAGAUUAUGGAACCGUCGAGAAGUCGCCGAUGUCUUGAGAAAUAAAUCGGGAACUGAAGAAGUUGAAGGAAUUGCUCUAAAUUUCCCUCUUCCUUAUCCUCGAAUCUUUAACAGGCCUAGUUUCAGUACAAAAGCAUUUGCCAAUAUGAAGAAACUGAGACUCCUCCAGCUCAGCCACGUAGAGCUGAAUGGAGAAUACAAACAUCUUUCCAAAGAGUUAAUAUGGUUGUGUUGGAAAGGAUGCCCUUUGAAGUCCAUACCAGAUGACUUUUUUAAUCAACCAAGACUAGUUGUUUUAGAGAUGCGGUAUAGCAAUCUGGUACAGGUUUGGAAGGGUUCCAAGCGGCUUCAAAAGUUGAAAAUUAUUGAUCUCACUUAUUCCCCUUACUUAAAAAAAUCACCAGACUUUUCACAAGUCCCAAAUCUUGAAGAGUUGAUAUUGGUAGGCUGUAAGAGAUUGUCCGAGAUUCACCCAUCCAUUGGUCAUCUUAAAAGACUUUCUUUGGUGAACCUUAGCGGAUGUUACGAGCUCAUUUCUCUUCCAAGGGAUUUCUAUAAGUCAAAAUCUGUUGAGACUCUUCUUCUUAAUUGGUGUACAAGUUUCAGAGAAGUGCAUGAGGAUUUAGGGGAGAUGAUAUCAUUGAGAAUACUUGAAGCAAAGCAUACAGCCAUAAGACAAUUACCACCUUCCAUAGUAGGAUUGAAGAAUCUCACUCGUUUAAAUCUCUCAUGGUGCAAUUUAGAUGAUGAUGCAAUCCCUAAUGAUCUUGGGAGUCUAAUUUCUUUACAAGUUUUGGAUCUUUCAGAGAAUAAUUUUCAUUCCCUACCCAACCUCAGCGGUUUUUCAAAGCUUGAAACUCUGCGGUUAGACAAAUGCUUUAACCUUCAUAAAAUCCCUGACUUACCAGCAAAUUUGAAAUUUAUGUAUGCCUAUGAUUGCCCUGCAUUGGAAACAAUGCCCAGUUUUUCGGAUAUGUCAAAUAUGAGAGAACUGGUUUUAAUUUGUUCACCCAAACUCAUUGAGGUUCCAGGCUUGGACAAGUCAUUAAACUCCAUGACACAGAUUGAUAUGCGAAUGUGCACCAAUCUCACAGCUGAUUUUAGAAAGAACAUCCUACAGGGAUGGACUUCCUGCGGAUUUGGUGGCAUUUUCCUCCAUGGGAAUUAUGUUCCUGAUUGGUUUGAGUUUGUCAACGAUGGCAAUAAAGUCAACCUUGUUAUUCCCCCCAAUGAUGGUCGUAAAUUUGAAGGGUUGACUCUGUUCUGCUUGUACAGCUCAGGGAAGAGAAUUGAUCGUCCUCUUCCUCUUGCUAUUACUGUUAUAAAUAAUACUCAGCGUACUAAGUUGCAAGCCAACAUAAGCAGAGAAGAUUGGGUGAAGCAGCUAAAAGAUGAACAAAAUUAUCUUUGGCAGGGGCAAUUAUCGAACAAUAAGCUCAAAUUGCAAGGCGGGGAUAAAGUCGAAGUUGGUAUAAUUUUUGCAGAAUCUAAAUAUUCCAGGUCAUUGAAGAAAACAGGGGUUAAACUAGUAUGGGACAAGUCUAUGAAGGAAAAUAUGCAUGAUUUGGAUCGUGCUAGUUAUGUUUUUGACCCACAUCCAGCUCGUUUCUAUGGUGAAGCACAAUCAAGGUGGUGAUGCAUCAUCAUCAUCACGCUCAUCAUCACAUAUCUGAGUCAAACACCCCUUUUGUUUUUCUCUUUCCCAAUUUGAUGACGAAGGCAAGUACAUAUUUCAUACUUCUUUCAUAUUCGUAUGAUUUUUUCGAUAAGUAGCUGUUUUGAAUUUUGAAGAUAUAUUGAAUCUAGAAACAUUUCAACAUUACAACAAUCAAUACAAGACAUUCAUCCCUAUAUUUGACAAAUA